UUAAACGCACCGUAAAAGGGUGGAGUUUGAGGUUGGAAACACUAACGCGUGUCUGUCCGGUUGAAUCCACGACUGGGGAGCUUCUGCUUGAUUUCACUCGAAAAUGUCAGUACUUUGUCUCGCUUUGACCCGGAAUGCAUUGGCCGUCAGGAACUCUGGCAUUUUGGUGACGGUGCGCAAUGCCCAGACUCUGGCUUCGCCGGCUCCUGAACCCAGGAUAAAGAAGUUUCAGAUUUACCGCUGGGAUCCGGACACUGCUGGAGACAAGCCCCGUAUGCAGACAUAUGAAAUUGACCUUAACACCUGUGGUCCAAUGGUUCUGGAUGCUCUCAUCAAAAUCAAGAAUGAAAUAGACCCCACACUUACAUUUAGACGUUCCUGUCGUGAAGGCAUUUGUGGCUCAUGUGCCAUGAACAUCAAUGGAGGAAAUACACUUGCAUGUCUCAACAAAAUUGACAGCAACACAAACAAAGCCACCAAAAUUUACCCCCUCCCUCACAUGUAUGUGGUCAAAGAUCUCGUGCCUGACAUGAGCAACUUCUACGCACAGUACAAAUCCAUUGAGCCCUACCUAAAAAAGAAGGAUGAAUCUCAGGAAGGGAAGGACCAAUAUUACCAGUCAGUGGGUGACAGGCAAAAACUGGAUGGCUUGUACGAGUGCAUCCUGUGUGCAUGCUGCAGCACCAGUUGCCCUAGCUACUGGUGGAACGGGGACAAAUACUUGGGACCUGCUGUUCUCAUGCAGGCAUACAGGUGGAUGAUAGAUUCUCGUGAUGACUUCACUGAGGAACGACUAUCCAAACUUCAGGACCCUUUUUCUUUGUACCGCUGCCACACUAUCAUGAAUUGCACCAAGACAUGCCCCAAGGGACUCAACCCAGGAAAGGCCAUUGCUGAAAUCAAGAAAAUGAUGGCAACUUACCAAGAAAAGAAAGCUGCUGUAUCAUGAAAAGAUGAGAGUUAAGACCGGUCAAGAGCCAAUAAUAAUACAGUACUUCAGUUUGAGUGGAGUGGAAGAGAACAUGCAACCAGGAACAAUGGCAAUUUUUGCAGUUGUGGGCAUUUUAGUUGUGUUGUGGGCACUACACAUUGCUUUACCAAUUGCAUUUUCCAACUUUUAAACAAUAUGGAACCCGAAGACACUUUUUUUUUUUACUGUCAAAGGAUCAAUAUUGUCGAACAAAAAGAUAGCUGAGUUAGCUAAGGUCAAAGUAGAAAUUAGCACAUCGUGCUCAUCACCUCUAACUUAAAAUGUCAUUGAUUAUUUUCUCAAUAGUGAUACAUGAAAUAUGUGAGCAGCACGGAAAGUGUAAUUUCCAGUUUUAGAAGGUUGUCUGUGCAUAUCUAUUUAUGUGAUUGUGGAUGGAAUAUAUGGGAGAAAAUUGGAAGAGUGAAAACACUUUAAAGAAAGUAAAUGAAAGUCUAUUUAAUUGUAAAUAAUGAGACAUUUAAUCAAUAAAACGUGUUGAACUCA